GAGACACCCACAGCCUGUUGUCUGACACUGGGAGAAGAUUGCUAUAAAGCUCUUGUCUUUUUGUCAUCACUUAAAACAACAACACUGACUUUGGAUCUUUAAUAUUUCACCAUGUGUAAAGGACUCGCGACGCUUCCUGCAACAUGCUUAAAAGGCGCCAAAGACAUCAAGCACAAAAUAAGCUUCUUACUCCAGAAGCCUGAACCCCAAGCAGCGGAUCCAAAGCAGGCGAAAGAAAAGGCUGAUGCUGCUACAAAGAGGGCGCCGACUGCAGCCGAGGUGGAAAAGUGGAAGGAGUCUUUCUGCCAUGUGAUGAAAACAGAAGUGGGUCGUUCAGUCUUCACCACUUUCCUCAAGUCUGAGUUCAGCGAAGAGAACAUGGACUUCUGGGUCGCCUGUGAAGACUACAAAAAGGCGUCCACUUCCAAGAUGGCAAUAAAAGCCAAGCAAAUCUACCAACAGUAUCUGGAGGCAGACUCUCCAAAAGAGGUGAACCUAGACGCAGUGACCAGAGAAGAUACAAGGCAGAACCUUCAAAACGCCUGCCCGUCUUGUUUUGACCAAGCUCAGAAGAUGAUCUAUAACUUGAUGGAAAAAGACUCCUACAGGCGCUUCCUCAAGUCCAAACUGAUCCUGGAUCUGUCUCAAAGGAACGAACCAAACAGUCGGGAGAAGAAAGAGAAAGACAAUAGUGACUGGCAGGUUUUAACUGGUGGGGCUUAAACAGGAAAAAAAAAAACAAAGACACCCAAGACUGAACAUUUACAAGAAAGUUAAUGAGGAAGUUGACACAAGGCUUGUUUUGUUUCCGUUGUUUAAGUUUGGUUUAGAAGGUGAGUUUGGAAGGUUAAUGUGGUCAAGUUACUUUACUGUUUGGAGACUUUAACUUGUGAAUCUCAUCUGGAUGUUAAACAUAAACAGCUGUCGAUUUGUGCAAACAGGUCCAAUAUUUUUGAUAUUUCUCAUGUCGACAUUCAACAUCAGCUCAUUCAGUAUUUACAUACAAUGUACUGUAAAUAGAGUGGUUGCUUUCAAUGUUUCCAAAGUGAAGGUCAACUUUUACUUGUUUCUAUUGUUAAACAUAACCUGCUCCCAGAGCCACGACCAGGUUAUAUUGAUACUAACAACAAAAAACAAUCAAGAGAGACCUUCAGAUAACCCCUCAGCCACUGAAGCAUUGUGUUCAUGCAACAUACAGAGCUUAUUUUGUCUGAGAAAAACACAAAUAGACAGCUAAUCCUGUAUAUUUGCAGACCUGGAUGCAGUAGAUUCCUUGUUUUUAUUUUGGAUAUGACCUAAUUUGUUUGCAAGUGAUAUGAACUCAGACACCAUAGUCAUUUGUUGAGUGAUAUUUACUAGAAAAAAAAAUAAAAAAUAAAAAAAUUAACCUAUCAGUAUUAAAGUAUAUUCCAAUGUUACAUAAUCUAACCCUUUACUUCCAAUUUAAAUAUAUAGAUAUAUCCUUUCAAAGGCAUAGUUGACAUGGGUUGAAUUUUAAUUGAUGAACCACCAUGUGCAGUUCCUGUUUGGAUAUAAACAGUCAUGGUUUUCCAUUGUGCUUUUAUGUUACAUAACCAUUGCUUUUGCUUCAGCCUCUUUGGUUCCUCAUCUCCACAUAUAAGCAACAUGGGAAAAGUUGUGGAAAACAGAUCAUUAGCUACCCUGUUGACAUUUAAUAGAUAAUAUAUGUAUUUUAAUGACUUCAAACUAAUGGAACUUAGUAUUUUUUGCAUGUUUAUUACAAAUGUUUGGAACAAUAAAACUGAAAAUUCCCAAUAUAUAAAUAUUGUACUGGUGUAGUCAUAUUAGAGCUCUUUGCUGAGUUCAGAUGUAGAGCAUUUUGUUGAAUUACAGGCCAUUUUAUUGUAUUCAUGGAAGCUUUUCACUGAAACAAACAGAUGCAAGAAAAUAAAAGGGCGAAAAGGACUGUGGUGAAAAACAUUAAUCAUCAAUGCUCAGAAACAUAAAAAUACAACGGCAGAAACAGGUUGGAGACAAUCUGAUAUACAACUAUAUAUUAUUAUUAUUUAUCAGGAAACCAUAAUUUUCACCAUUCGGGCAGCAGUUGUUUUUGUCAUCUUGUUUUUCAUGUAUUCCACCCUUUACAUACGUUUACAUUUUGUGUUUUUUGACACAGUGAUGCACUUAUUACUAUUUUUUCCUUCAAUAAACCCUGAUUGCCAAUGUACUCAUUCAUAUCUCAUACUCUACAAUAUUUUUUUCUCAGUAGUUGUACCUGAUUACAGUAAUGUAUAAUGUAAUGACAUGACAGACACAUUCUUCUCCAUCACUGCUUUUAAUAGUGACAUUAAAGUUUAGAUCUAUCACUAUCCAAUACAAUCACAUUAAAAUAAAUGACAUCGGUGUUUAUGUUCUAAUCACUUCAAGUGUAAUUUAAAAGCUGAACAGCCCAAAGUUUUCCCACAAUAGCAACUGUAUGAACUUUUUGACAUGAUGUGGCUGUGGUACACUGUGCAAAUGUUGAAUUUAUGUUCUGUCAGAGCUGAGUUUCUGCUACAUGUUAUGAAGUUUCAACAGGGUUAAAGUUGUGUACCAUUUAAUUGUUCCCCAGCAUAUCCAACUGUGUAGUUCUGACGUUUAUUGUGCAGGGUACCUAAUGGUAUGGUCACUUUAUUUGAAUGUGUUCUGGUGAUUACUGUAUACUGAUAUUUAUUAACUUAUUGUCAUAUUUAUAUGCUAUCUGUGGCCAUUUACAAAAUAAAAACUGUUGGAUAAUCCGA